AUGUGUCGAAUGUAUCCUUCUUCUUCUUAUUAUCAUUUAAAUUCUAAAUGUAAAAUUCUUUCUCAUAAUUCGAAAAUUGAUCCUGAAUCCGCAAUUCUUUAUGAUUCUCCCAUUAAUAAUAACGAUAAUAAUAAUAUUUAUGGAUUAUUCAAUGAUAAAUAUCCUCUUCAUAUAAUUCCACAUCCUAAGAAAGAGAAUGUAUUCAUGAAUAGAAUAUCAUACGAUGUAAUGAGCGAUGCUUAUUAUGAAAAUGGAAUUUUUAAUAAAAAAUAUAUUGAAUUUUGGGAUCAGGGAGCGUUAUAUUAUGAGAAUUUGAUUCAUGCGACUCAUUAUUCUGAUGAUCGGACAUAUUUAAGAGAUACUACGGCGUUAAUUCUGGAAAAUUCCAAACUUUCAGCUUCAAUUAUUUAUAAAUUUGAUUAUUCUUCAUAUGAAACUUUAUCAAUCACAAGGUUAAAUUUAAAAUUAAAUUGUUAUGAUAAUAAUACAGGUUAUCAUUUAAUAAUUUCUAUUUCAACAGACCAUAAUUCCGACAAUAAAUCAUCAUCAUCAUUAUCUAAUAAUCUUAAAUGGAAUAUAAUUAAAGAAACUUAUAUUAAGAAUACAAAUGAAAGGACAAAUUUACCAAAAAAUUUAACUCAUUUUAUAAUAAAAAAUAAUAAAAUUUUUUAUAUUAAAGCAGAAAUUAUUAAAAAACAUCAUAAAAAUUAUCAAAGAAAUUUACAAUUAUUUCCUUAUAUUAAAAAUCAUUUUGAUGAAUUUUCUAUAAAAAAGAAUUUUGGAUUAGAUGUUAUAGUUGAAUUAUCAUCAUUAUCAUCAUUAUCAUCAUUAUCAUAUAAUUUUGAUAAUUUAAAAUAUAAAAAUUAUAUGAUAAAAUCUGAAAGUUGUGAUGGAUUAUUUAAUGAUAAAUAUAAAUUUAAUGUUUUACCAAUUGAAAAAAUGAAAAAUAUUUAUAAUCAUAGAAUUUCAUAUAAUGUCAUUACAAAUGCUUAUUAUGAAAAUGGUAAAACGGAUAUUAAAUACUUAAAAAGAUGGGAUCGUGGAACUUUUACAAAUAAAAAUAUUUAUUAUUCUCUUGAAAAUUCAACGAAUAUAGAAAAAUACCUUGGCGUUGAUAAAAAAAAUCAAUCUGCUCAUAUUACAUGGAAAUUUGAUUAUAGACCUGGAAAUUUUUAUAUUAAUUCUUUAAAACUUUUAUUGAAAUUUCAUUAUUCUUCUAAUAGAUCAAAAAUUCAAUGGUUAAUUAAAUUAUUACCUACAAGAAAAAAUCCAAUUUCUGAAUUUAAACCAAUCAAUUUUCCUUUACAAGAAAAUAAUAUCUUAGAUUUGACUGAAAUUGUUAAAGAUGAAUAUGGAUUUAUCUUAAAAGUAAAGAUGAUUGGUGGAAAAAAUCAUUUGUUUAGACAAGAUGUAAAUAAAAAUGAAAAAUCAUUAUUAAAUGAUAAUUUUGAUAUGGAUGUUGAAGUAAAAUUAAGACCAAAUAUAAUAUGUGAUGAAUUUUUUAAGAAAAAUUUUAUUUAUAGUAUGAAUGAAAAAAAUUUCUUAUUAAAUGAUAAAAAUACGAGUGAUUUCAUUAUUAAAUUAAAAGAAGAAUUAUCAACAACAAAUAAUUAUAAAAAUAUUUUAGAAAAAAAUUUUUAUCUUCAUUCUAAAAUUCUUAUAUCAAAAUCUGAUUAUUUUAAAGCAUUAUUUAAUUCACAAAUGAUUGAAUCAAAAAAUAGAUUUCUUAAUCUUAAUGAUCUUUCUUUAAAUAUUUUUGAAAAAUUACUUUUAUAUAUUUAUUAUGAUAAUAUUGAUAAUUUAAAUGAUAUUAAUGAUUGGAUUGAUUUAUUAUAUAUUUCUUCUAGAUUUUUAAUACCUAAAUUGGUUCAAAUUUGUGAAUUUUCUAUUAGAAAUUAUGUUAAUAUUGAUAAUUUAGAAGAAAUUAAUUUAAUUGCAAAGGAAUGUAAUGCUAUACAAUUAGUUAAAUAUUGUGAAAUGUAUGAAAUUAAUGUAUGA